CGUUGGAAAAUAACCAUGGAUUGGAAAAUUUAAUACAUGUAAAUGGAUUUGUCAACUCGCACUCCUCGGAUGCGGUUCCGGAGUUGCUUAUCGCAGUUAAGCCACCGCCGAUCAAUGAAGCCAUGAUGAUCCCUCGAUACCGUCGCAAUCUUUAUUUCCACAACAUCUCCUUCCACAAACAUCACCACCCAAACGACACUGUCGUCAUAAAUCUCAACCUCAACCAUCUCCCCACAAACAACCGCAAACAUGGCGAACUCCAAAAACUAUGAUCUCAACUGCCUCACUAUAUCCGAACUCCAAGUCCUCGCCGCCGAGCGCAUGGACAAGCAAACCCGCGACUACUACAACGAAGGCGCAGAUUCCGGCUCAACACUAGCAGAAAACAUCUCAGCGUACCAAAAAUACCGCAUCCGGCCGCGGGUCCUGCGCGAUGUCUCUGCCAUCGACACGAGCGUGACUGUAUUCGGUCACAAAACUAGUAUUCCGCUUGGAAUCGCAUCUACAGCUAUGCAAGGCCUUGCGCAUCCCGAUGGCGAGAUAGCCACGGCGCGCGCUGCCAAGAAACUGGAUGUGGUGAUGGGAUUGAGCAGCUUUAGUACGACUAGCUUGGAGGACGUGAAAGGCGCGUUGGGAGAUUGCCCGGGUGCUUUUCAGCUGUAUCUGUUUGAAGAGAGGGCGAAGAGUCAAAAGCUUAUUCAGAGGGCGAAGAAGGCUGGGUAUAAGGCUGUGCUACUGACUGUCGAUACACCGGUGCUGGGAAGGCGGAAUCUGGAGAUUCGGAACCAGUUCAAGUUGCCGAAGCAUUUGAAAGUGGCGAAUUUUGUCUCGGACGCGAAAGAAGAGGAAGGCGAAGAUAAGGGUGCCGAGGCGAUUGAUGAGAGCAAGGAUACGAAAGAGGAUAAUGUUGACGCCACUGGGUCUGAAGGUAGCGGGAAAAGAGCCCCCCCUUCAGGACCCAUCACCUUCCACACACAUGCUGCCAAUCCGACAUUGAACUGGGAACACGACAUCGCGUGGCUCCGAGAGCAAUGCCAUCCCGAAAUGGAAGUCUGGGUAAAAGGCGUUGCGACAGGCGAGGACGCGAUCUUAGCGUGCCACCACGGUGUUGACGGUAUCAUCGUUUCGAACCACGGCGGACGUCAGCUGAACGGUGCGAUGGCAACACUAGACGCUCUUCCGGAAGUAGUCGAAGCUGUCCGAAGCCAGCCUCGUCCUAUCCCCGUCCAUGUUGAUGGCGGUGUUCGACACGGGACGGAUGUGUUCAAGGCACUGGCUCUUGGCGCAGACUUUGUCUGGGUGGGGAGACCGAUCUUAUGGGGCUUGGCGUACAAGGGGCAGGAGGGCGUUGAGCUCUGCCUCAAGCUACUCGGUGAUGAGAUCAAGUUGUGCAUGGGUCUUGCAGGGGCUACAAGCGUCAAGGACAUCAAUAAGGAGUAUCUGGUGAAGUUCGACAGGAGCGGGUUCGUGAGCCGUUUGUAAGAUCGACGAGUUUGUACUUUCUUUCGUCUGAUACUGUAUAAAGCCGAAGUUAUACGUACAUAUUUAUUGACUCACGUCUUUCUCGCCAA